AUGGCUGACUGCCAAGACUCCCAAACCCCCGCUGUCCCCUCAAGAUGUCCCUCACCAGCACCGACGCUCAUCCACGAGACAAAAGAAGGCCCUGCAGUAAACGCGUACUCACCAGCGCGUCGGUAUACCUUGCUUGUCAUAUUCUGCUUGGCGCAGUUUCUCGAUACCUUCAACGUUACUUCGCUUUACUCCGCAAUACCUGCAAUGGCGAAGUCAAUGGAAAUUGCGGAAGGGGAGUCGACGUGGAUCAUCAGCGCAUGCCAACUCACCUUUGCGUCGUUCCUCCUCAUUAGCGGACGGAUCAGCGACGUCUACAACCCUAAAUUCGCAUUCAUCGGCGGUGUCUUCGUCCUUGCCAUCUUCUCUCUGGGCUCCGGAUUCGUCUCGAGCAAAAUCCCGCUCUUCGUCCUCCGAGCACUGACUGGCGUAGCCGCUGCGAUGGCUAUCCCCUCCGCGGUGACCCUGCUCGUCGGCAUCUUCCCAGAGCCUAACGAACAAUCUCGUGCUCUUGGCGUGUCUGGCGGCUGCGGCGCGGUCGGAAUCGUCCUCGGGCUCGUGAUCGGCGCCAUCUUCGUGCAAUAUGCCUCGUGGCCAUGGGUGUUCUGGUUCGUAGCCAUCGUCUGCGUCCCGAUCGUUGGGUUGUCAGUCUUCCUGAUACCCAAGCAAGAGCCUAAGGAGGUCAAGGGUGGAGGAGCGAAAUGGAAGAGCUUGGAUUUAUUCGGCGUUACUACCCUCACAGUCGCCCUCAUCCUCUUCAUUUUCGCAGUCACUUCUGCCGCAACCACCGGCUGGGGCUCGAGUCGCGUCAUUGCUUCACUCAUUAUCUCCGUGUUCAUGAUUGCCGGCUUCUUCUACUAUGAAACUCGAAUUCCGGCCGACCGGGCAGCGAUCCCACCUAGGACAUGGUUCCUCCCGAACUUCUCCGUCCUGUUCGGGACCGCUCUUUUCCCUUUCUUCUGGCUCCCAAUCGGCGUCAGCUCCUUCCCUGUCAGCUUGACGGGCCCGCUCUCGCACAAGAUUAACCCGAAGUGGCUCCUCCUCUUCGGCGAGGCCCUCUGCAUAGUCUCGACGAUUCUCUUGGCGUUCGCCGACCGCCCAACGCGCUACUGGCCGUACAUGUUCCCCGGCUUCAUCCUCGGCUCAGCAGGUGCUAUGUUCGUCUACACGCACACCAACAUUGCGAUCUUCCGCACGACCCCGGCCUCGAUGGCCGGUACCGUCGGGGCGAUCGUCAACUGCGCCCUGCAGCUCGGCUCUGCAGUCGGUAUCUCCACAGUUGGCUCCAUCGAGUCGAGUAUCGAGGAAAAGCACGCUGGGUACGCCGGCCGCGCGGCAUCGUUCUGGUUCCUCCUUGGGAUCGGCGCGCUACAGUUUAUCGCGAUGUUAGUAUUUUAUCGUAUAAGCAAAGAGAACGCAAAGUAG